AAAGGUAAAGAUGGUUGACUGAUACAGUCGGUUUCGAAACGUUUCCCAGUGAUUCUGAUUUUCUCGUCGCGGAGUUGCGUUUUAAUAAGCGAGUAAGUGCGGUCGACUGAGCGUUAAGAUGUAACAGCUGAUCCCUGGUAAGGGAGUAUCGGUCGGCGUUGAGAUGUCAACGUUUGAAAAUCAAACGUAAAGAGAGUGAUAAGCGGUUACACCAUUAAAUAGAAAAGUGUUGAUUUUGAGUGCGGUCGGGCUCCCGUUUUUAUUUUUUUCAAUUUUCAUAUUUUAUUUAAGUGUAGUGCGAAAAUUAUGGAAACGUUAUGGAGAGUACUCUGUGUUGUAUUGGGCCUGAUCUGCGCGCAGUUAUGCAACGGCCUCCCGAUCAAUUUGACAACCUCUGGUCCAGAUGUCCAAACUCAAUACUUUACAGGAUUCGUCGCAGUGCUAUUGGCCAUAUGUUCGGUGGUUCUGCUAGCAGGUUGCAUCUGUUGUCGUCGUAACAAGAACGGAUUUACGGAGGAAAAAAAGGAAUUCCGUGACAGCCCCGUGGCGGCUUCCGUCGCCAGCAAUUUGGACCACGGGCACUCGAAUCCCAUCGCCAACAGCGAGUUCACCAUUUUCACUCCGAUUUCCCCCGCGCACCACAAUAAUAACGUAUUUCUUGCCAAUCAAAGGAUUGUAAAUCGCACUCCGGAUGAUUUUAAGUACGGUGACAUCGAAGUGUCGUCGUGGUUUGAUGGUUCGGAGAAAGAUUUUCCCAGGACACGACUGAAAUACAUCCGGGAGUUGGGAAAAGGGUGGUUUGGACGGGUUGUGGAAGGAACGGCUCAAGGCCUAAAUCAAGAUCCUAGUGAACCGGAAUGGACGCCGGUGGUUGUAAGAAUUCUGAACGCGUCUGCCACCCCCAAAGGACGCGUUAUGUUCCUUCACGACGUCGAUGUAUAUAGACACGGAUACCAUCCUAACAUCCUAAGACUCUGGGGAAGGUGUCUAGACACCACCCCAUUACUUCUUCUCCAAGAAUAUUGCACAGAAGGAGAUUUAAAAAAGUACCUGAGAUCCAUGAAGCCAACAAAGGAAAAAUUCCUCUCAACGGACCUGCCAUUGCUUUGGUGUUACCAGCUGACGCAGGCCCUGAAAUUCCUGCACGAGCAAAAAGUUCCCCACCCGGAUUUAGCUUCCAGAAAUUGUCAACUAACGAAAGACCUGACGUUAAAACUCGGCGAUUACGGCCUAAAUUCCUCUUUUUACCCGGAGGAUUAUUACGACAUGACGUUAACGAUACCAUUAAGAUGGUGUGCCCCGGAGAUCAUUUCUUACACUAAUACAACUAUCCAAACUAAAAAGAUCACAUUGGAAGGAAAUAUAUGGUCUUUAGGUGUUACAAUGUGGGAAAUUUUAGAAUGUGGCGAUCAACCUUAUUCAGAUUUAAACAAUGAUGAAGUAAUUUCCCAAGUACUAGGUUCCCCAAAUGUACGGUUACCAAGGCCUACAGUUAACGUUAUUUACACGGAUUACAUGUAUAAAUUAAUGCAAUCGUGUUGGAGUACGGUGGAAUCACGUCUUUCCGCAACGCACAUAGAUUUAAUACUAAAUGAUCUCAUGCAAGUGUACGAGCACACAAAAGUCUCGACAGAACUGAAAGAUUGUUCGAUACAUGACUUUGAUCAACGGUGGGAGGCGUUAAAGCCGAACGCUGUCGCGAUGACGGAUGAAACGCCUUUGAUGCACGAAGAAAAGAAAUCGGCUAGUUUAACGAACUUGCACGGAUCGCUCGAUAAUUUAUUACAAGAUCACAAUUCCGUGGAUUCGUGGUUGGAGAACGUGGCUAAUAAUAGCGGGGAUUUAGUGUACGCGAAAGGGCUGUCGGAAGCGAUGAUGGAUUUGGAUAAUGUUUUGGAAUUAAAUUCGAAUAAUCCCAGUCCUAAGCCGUUGCAUUUUAAAAUAGGACCGAAAGUCACUACGAGCAGCGAAAGCGAGACUGAGGAAGAAAAUUGGAAAAAGAAAAUCGAACGAGGAGCUUACACAGAAAAGGUGCGCCAAAAAUCUCGUUCGGUAGCUGAUUUAAUGGUUCUUACGCACGUGGAUUAUUCGGAAUCCGAUUCAGAAACGCUCCCAAGCCUUACAGAGUUUAAAAAUCAAAAAUCCAAAUUUAAAAACAUGGAUAACCCAGCUUUGAAGUUCGGUAGCGAGGGUAAUUUAUUAAGCGUACACGACACGUUUCAGGAAGAGCUGCGAAAACUCCAAGACGAACGUAGAGAUAGUUUACUCUUUGUACCUGAUAAGUAUAGUUAUUCAGACUCGAAAUCCGGCGAAUCGAGUAGCAGUCGUCAAUUGGACAGUUUAGAAAACUCCCCAGUGAAAAAACUUCUCGUUGAACUUAACAGUCCGGCUGAAAUUAUUCCAGCCAAACAAGUAUACAACGUCUUUAACGUAUCCGUGAAGCACUUAAACAGUUUGGUGGACAAUAAAGACGAUCGAGUGAAUUUACAAAAAAAGACUAGCUGUGAUAGCCUUAAAGAAUCAAAAGAUAAUAAGGACGUAAUCCAUAUCAAAAACGGCAUUUCCUGUGAUAACGAUCACACUAAAAUCCCGUCCAAUCUCGACUUAAAACCGAAAUCGUUGGAAAAUUUAAGCGACUUUCAUGUAAAAAUCGAAGUGUUAAGCGAUCAAAGUUCGCCCGUUGACGAAGAAAUCGCAUCGCAAGAAGAACUUGAUCGCCCCGGAAGUAGCGAUGAUUACAUCAAAGAAACCCGAAAAUUAAACGUACCAAAAUUAUCAGAAUUAAUUCAACGAAAUGAUAAUUUAAAACCGGACAGAGAAGAUAAAUUAUUAACGAAAUUUUCCGACAAAGAUCUCAUCGAUAAAGAUUCCGGAUUGAACACUCCCGAAAAUAGUGCGUCAUUAGAAAAGCUUUACGAUGACAUUGAGGAGAUUUUAGACGAGCCGUCUGUCUUAAAAAAAUGUUCAAAGUGCGCGAUAAGUUUUGAAGAUAACGAUGUUUACACCGGAUCGUUCGAUUCUGAUAAAUCAAACGAUUUGAAGGUCGAUUUACAUAAAGAUUUAUGCUUAUUAAAGGAGGAAAUUAAAGUUUCUUCGAGCGAAGGAAGCGGAUGCGAGGAAGAUUCCGGCACGGGGACGAGUUCCAAAGAAACCCAAUCGAUCGAUGACAACCUAAGUGCCAAAAGCUUAGAGGAUACCCUCGACACGAUUAAUAACGAUUAUUGUUUGAGACGAUCGAAAAUAAUUUGCGAAAGCUUUUUAGCGAACGAAAAAUCGAAUUAUUCCCCAACAGACGAAUACAGAGAGAUUUGUUUCGAGACUAACACAAAAUUUAAAGAGGAUGUUACUAAAGAUGUGCAUCAAAUUAUUUCGGCGCAUUUAAUCCCCGAUUUAUUAACCGAUUUACCCGACGUCGAUAAACACUUAUUAAAUAAGGAGAAAAAAUUAGAAACGUUAAGCGAAUAUUUACUAAAACCAUUAAUUCAUAUUAAUUUAGACACGAAAUCGCCCAAUAAUCUUAAUUUAACAAAAACAUCUCUCAUUUUACCAAUUAUUAAAUCAAAUUCCCCCAAUGAUAAAGAAUCAGAAUCGGAAUCUGAUAGCGUGGAAAGCGUCGCUGAGUUUCUUUCCCCCGAAAUUAGCCAAGCCAGCGAUUUCAAAACCAUAUCGGAAUGUUCGAUUGAAAAUAACGCAUCACAAGCUUUAGCUGUGGAUAAUUCAGUACCAAAUACGAUGUUAGAUGUUUCUUCAGAUGAAAUGAAAACUUUGGAGGAAGGGGAUUCCUCAAAAACGCUUGGAGGUGAUAGCGACGCCGAUUUAAACGUUGAAGAAUUUGUCGAUUGCCAAACAGAAAUUAAUGAAGAUACGAAAUUAACUCAGGAGAAGCAAAGAGAUAUUUUAAGAAAAACCAAAGAAUUUUUGUGUCAAGAAUUGGUGUUUUAUGAUAAAGAUGUUACACAUAUCAAAGAAAACGUUAAAUGGGACGAUCAAAAUGUUGAAAAUGAAAUAAGCGACGAUUUGAAUGAAGUACAAAAUUUUAUUGGGAUUGAAACUAAGUUAAAAGAAGAAAUUGAUGAGAUCUCAAAUGAGUUACUUACACAAAACUGUGAUAAACAAAACGAUGAAGUGAAUAAAAAUUUUGUUAUUACAAGUUGCGAAAAUACUAAAUCUAAUUGUGUUGAUACCAAAAAUAAAAAUGAAAACGAUAAAGAAGAAAUAAAAGAAGUUGAAAUAAUAAAUGAGUCAUUAGUUGAAAAAAUAGAGACUAAUGAUUCAAUAAACCUUGAUGGAAAUGAUAUUGAAAGCUGUGAUACUAAAAUGGGAGAUGUAGAACAAAAUGAUUCAUCACUAAACGUUUCAAUCAAAAGAAAUCCAAAUAAUGAAAAUAACGAUGAAUCAUUUAUAAAUUCUAAUAAAACAUAUCAAUUCGAUGUACAAGAUACAUCAUCUCAUAUUGUUAAAGAUGAAUCUGAAAAAAAUGUAUUAAAACAAAUUAGUACGGUCGAUGUGGAAGAAAUUAUAAUCGAAAUAAUAAAUAAAGUACAAGAUAUCUCUUCAUUAAACAAUAUUAAUGAAACAUCACCACAAAAUAAUAAAUCACUUCAAGAAGAAAAUGAAAACACAAAACAAAUUAAUUUUGAUUUAACCAAAGAAGAAUUAAAUUUCAAUGAAACGAUUGUAAAUAAAACAAAAGAUUUUUUAAAUAAUGAAAUUAAAUCGUAUAUUGAAACUCCCCAAGAACGAUUAAAAGUCCAAUUUGAUUUGAGUGAUUCCCAAGAAGAAAUAGCACCAAGUUCUUUAACUCAUUUUCAAGGAUUUUCAAGUACGCCAUACUCAAAAAAGCGAAAACCUUUAGAAUCAACGAUACUGGAUAAUGACGAUUACUCCAUCGAUUUUUAUUCGACGAGUAUCAAAGAAACCGGAUCAAUUAAAGGGGAAGAUUUGAAAUUUUCAUCAAAUUUUAUACAAGAACCGCGUGAAACGAAUAAUAGCGAUUUGUAUUCUUUGGAAACGUGGGAUAAUUUUUUGGGGAAAAGUUUUGAUGAACAAGAGAAUGAUAUUGAUUUUAUUACUUUUAAUCAAGAACCGCAUAGUCUGUUGUUUUUGGAAAAUAAUAAUGAGGGGCUUGAUGAGAAAUUGGAUAAAAAGAAUAAUUUGCAAGUUAGUCAUGUUCUUAAUGAAACUUAUGUACCUGAUACCAAAAACGAAGACCAAACUUUUAAUAAAGAUGUUCCAUUAAAUAAAACAUACGAUGAAAGUAAAAUUGGAGAUGGUACUUUUGUUGUAAAUAAUGAUACUUUUGUUAAAGAUGGUAAUGGAACUUUUAUUAAAGAAGAAACGGAAAGUGAAAUGAUUAAACCCAGUACAAGUACUGGUUGGGAAUCCGGUGGCGGUUGGUUUUUACACCCCCAAAGUAAUUCUGAAGAAUUAUCAGGUCAAAUCGCCGUUCAAGCUGAUAGUUACGUUGGAUUUAGUAUGGACGAUGAAAUUAUGGCUGCAAUUCGUAACGAAUUAUUAAAUAAACUCCCACACGCCCAAAGAGCUUCUUCCGAACAAAUUGAAGAACGCGAAGAACUCGAACCGGCUGAGAAAAACGAAGUUUUUAUUCGUUACAACGUCUAUAACACCCCAUUAUCACCAAUCCCAGAAGAAAGUUAUAUCGAUAGUGACGAUGAUUCUCCAAUUUUUACAAAUAAAAGAAAUGAAGAAAGUGAUGAUGAUAGUUGUGAUUGGUCAAUAGAAGAUAAUAUCUCUUCGAAUAUCCACACAGAAAUUAAUUCGCCAAAACCAGAAAGUUCGAUGAUAAGUAGUCCUGCUAAAAUACCGAAUCACCGUCACACUCCAAGUCUAGAUUCUUGUUGUUCAAAUGACACUUUAUUUAACGUGGAAGAUUUAAACUUAACGAUUGAACCCGAUCGGAUUUUCGAAACUAUUCCAGACGAAGAUGAAAGCUCCAAAGAAUCCAAAGAAAGUAAAUAUAGCGAUUGUAAAGCAGAAAUUGAAGAUAACACUUUAAUCGAUGAUCAAAUAGAAAAAGAACAAAUUCCAAAAAUAAAUGUUAACGAUUACAUAACCGACUUUUUAAAUAACGAACGAUACAAUCAACUAAAUAGUUGUAUUGAAUUAAUCGAUUUAAGAAGUGAAAACGACGAACGUUCUUCCUCAUCCGAUAAAUUUUUAACUGUCAGCGAUAACACGUUGAGUUUCGGCCAAAACAUAGCACCAUUAAAUUCACCUGAAGACCGCCAAUGGAAAGAUUUACAAGCAUCGUUUAGGAAUUGCGACGAAACACCCGAACAUCCAAAAACUUAUUUAUCACCAAUUGAAAACCCAGACUAUGACAUCAUUGAUGAAAAAUGUACAAACUUUGAAUUAGUUACCGAUUUAGACGAUCCAGAAUUAGAUAAUAUAGAAUGUCACAUUUCUGAUGAAGACAUCGACAAAGUAUUACAAGAAGAAAACGAAUUAAUCCCCGAAAAUAAGGAAGAAACAAGUAGGAAUAUACCAGUUGCAGAUAACUUAUCAAUCAAUUUAGAUAAAGAGAACAUUUCGAGUAGCCGGACAGAAGAUAACGCGUCUAUUAUCUAUGUGAACACUGCGUCUAAACUAGAGGAAGGUGAAGGUAACAGUUUAAAUGCAGAUUCCGAUCGAACGCCAAGUGAUGUAACGGAUUACGACGGAAUUAAUAAAAACGAAGAUUCCCCCGAAUACGUUUACGUUGAAAAACACGAGGAUAAUCACGAAUACGAAAACGGUUGGAUUGCCGAUACUAUUUACGCUAAUAUGCCAGCUGAUAGAGCUAAAGAAUUGGAUUAUGUUAUCGCGGAAGAAAACAAAAAGAAAGCGGAAGAGAAAAUUGAGGAUUUAUAUGGUCCUUUAGCGGAUAUACGAUUCUCUGGACCGGGGUUAGCCAAUUUACAAAUGAUGUCGACGUCGUUUAGUGAAAGUAAUGAAGUUGGUGAUGAACAGGAUUGGGAUAGUGGUUCGGACACAAGAUCUAGUUCAAGUGGAGAAUUUAUUUGGAGGGAAGGGGAACAUGAGGCUUCUUUGAAGGCUCUUGAUGCAGCCCCACAAUCAGAGAACGCGCAAGAGUCGCUUCCUAUGGAAGAUAUCCAAGAAGAAAACGAAUUAAGCAGUAGUGAUAGUGACUGUGAAGGCGAAUGUCCCGAAUUCGUACCUUCAGCAUGGGAUAAAUACGCGAUUCCAACCAAAUCAGCGCUUAGAUCCCCCGAAAAAACGUUCGAAAGAAAAGACCCGAAGGACAAAAAAGCCGUUUGGUUUAAAAAACAAAAAUAUCAUUGCAUUUAUGAGUACCCUAAAGAACCGGAAAGUCCUAAUUUUCAAAGUUAUGAUUUAUGGAAACCCGCUACGGAUUAUUCUACAUUAGCAGAUUGGGAAUAUGGUCCUGAUUUAUACACACCACGAUAUGACCUCAUUGAUCCUUUAUCAUCAACUUCAGACCAACAACAAUCACCAAAGAGCCUCUAUCACUUAACAGCGUUCCCAGAAAAGGAACCAACAGUUCUCGAUGAAGAUUUCUUGGUAAGCAGUUCGUCAAAACCGUUCGAUAUGCUUGGUGGAACAACAUCACAAUUUUUCCCUGGAAAACAAUUCUCCGAUCAUUGGAUAGACGAGGGCACUCCGGAUUGCGAAGACAUCUUAACACCGGUGAUUAAAAACGAUAAAAUACCGAGUUUGAAACAUUUGGCGGGAAUCGUAGUGAAUAAAAAUAGAAAAUCGCGCGAAUUGGGUGGCUUAAGACACACUAGGAGUAAAUUAAAAUUAGAUUUACCACCGAGUCCGAGCGCUUUUUCGAGUAAUACUACUUUUAAUGUUGAACAGCCGGCCGAAGAGAUCGUGAGAAGGCAAGUACCGACGUUUUCGACGUUUGGAAAAUCGAGGUUUUUAGUUCAACACGUCGAUACGCCCCCGGAUGAUAAGUUGGAGAGCAAAAAUGUUUCGUUCGAAGCUUUACCUUAUAAGCCGCAAACCGUUAAGGAACGACAGGCGAUUGAAUCGGUUCGUGGAGAAGCUAGUUUGUUGGAUAGCGCCGAUGAAGAUAGCGGGAUAGAAUCGAAUACUUUAGAAAGGGGUAAGAAAAUAGGGACAUAAUUAUUUUAAAUUUUGACCUAAAACGGUGGAGUUAAUUUGUAUUGGGAAUACAGCAAGUAUUCUUGUAUAAUCAUUAAUAUCUUUAUGGUAGAUACAUAUAUGCAUAUAUGGAUAUUAUUUUUACAUAAUCUACUUAAAAAAAUGUAACAAGAAGUAAGUGCGAAAGUCAACAAUCUGUAAAUAGGAGUUUAAUUUAUUAGAGUUUUUGAUUUAGUUUAAAUGACUUUUUAUAUAAAUUUACAAGUUGUUAUAUACUUACAUAGAAUUGUUGAAGCCUUUAAUUUUCCUUCUUUUAUACCUAAAUAAUUACUACUAUUAGUAUGACCACAAUAAUUAAUAUAUUGCGUACACGCCCCUUUAUUUUUGUGAUUAUAACCUUGUACAUUGUUAUUCGAUUAAUUAUUGAUUAAUUAUUAAUUAAUUAACUUUCUUGUUACGUGGAAAUCUCGAUGUAAACAAUUUUUUAUUUAUGUACCUAGUUGAGUUUGAUUCACGUUUUAUCCUCAUCAUCCAGUGUAUAAAGAAUUAUUAUUAAAAGAAGAACGUAGGAUGUAAGCUAAUUAACUACAGAACAAAUAAAUAAAAAUACACGAUACGGUCCUAUAAGUAACUAGAAAUGAAAUAAACUUUCUCGAUUUGUGUAGCCGAGACCAAAGCCUUAUUAUAAACUUAUUCUCUCCUUUUUCACACAACAAAACUCUUUUUCUCUUAUCGAACCAUUUUGUGAUAGCUUUUCCGGUGGAGGAGAAUGCAAGAUAAAAGUCUUUUUGUAGCUAAAUCGAAUAGACUAUAGAGAAUCUUCGGGGCCAAACCUCAGUUUUCCUCAGAGAUCUGAUACAAACGAACCGUAUCGUGAACGGAUAAUUAUAAAAGCAACACAGUUUGUAGCCCGUAGACGUUGUAACAUAUUAAGAAUUAUUUAAAAAAAAAUAAAAGUGAUUUGUGAUCGUGUCGGAAUUGUACAAAAAACUAAAACUUAAAAAAAUGAUUAUGAUAAAAUUGCAAAUUUGCGUCCAGUAGAAACGUUCAGUAUUUGCGAUCGCGCUGCGGUGGUUUUUGAGUGCCCUCGGGAACGUCGUCGGUUGAAUUACUAUGUUUCUCUCCAUGUAGGGUUACUUGUUAGUAUUUUUCUUAUAGGAACCUGAUUUGUGAUCAGUUUUUUUCUUUGAUUAAUUCGUCUGUAUUAAUAAUGUAAUAUUAUAAUACCAUAGUUUUAAUGUAUAAUAAACGUUUUAUUCUAUA